UUAAGUAGUGGAAACCAGGUUUUAUGCUGGUUCUUUAUUCAUGUAUGAUCUCAGCCGUCAGGGAAUGAAAACAUUUGAAACAGUUCCACUCGGUGAACGUCAGGCAUACAACCACUCCCUGGAAGUGAUUGGGGCAUAUUGGAUACUGAAUGUCUCAACUGAGAAACUUCAGCAAAAAUAAUACGAGUAUCUUUUCCUUUACAUUUUCGCAUGAAUUUAUUCGAAGUGGAGCAAGUUAGGAUCAUGGAAACAACUCCAAAAUCAACAAGCUAGAUGGUAGUAUCAAAUAAACCUCUACAACAAACGUAUCCUUACAUGGAGACAUCAAUCAACAUUUCAGAGACAAAGGCCAGUGCUAAAGGAAAGGCCCCUCUGCUGGUCUCUUCAAAAGCUGUAGUCGAAGAACCAAAACGAGGAUGGAAAAAAGGCAUUGCUAUUUCUGACUUCCUUUUAAGGAUCUGUGCCAUUGGGGCUGCCUUAGGUGCAACUGCUACCAUGGGGACUACUGAUGAAACUCUCCCUUUUUUCACUCAGUUCUUCCAGUUCCAAGCUCAAUACAAUGAUAUUCCAGAUUUCCAGUUUUUCGUGAUAGCAAAUGCAAUAGUUGCCGGAUAUCUUCUCCUCUCCUUACCAUUCUCCAUAAUCUGCAUCAUCCGUCCUUUUGCAACAACGCCAAGGCUCCUACUUGUCAUCUUUGAUAUAGUGAUGACGGGUCUAACAAUCGCUUCAGCUUCAGCUUCCGCUUCAGUUGUGUAUUUGGCUCAUAAUGGGAAUCCAAACACGAAUUGGCUUCCAAUUUGUCAGCAGUUUGGUGACUUUUGCCAGAGUGUAAGUGGAGCUGUGGUGGGAUCCUUCAUAGCAGGAGCCAUCCUCAUGUUCAUAAUUGUGCUCUCUGCUUUCGCUCUCAAAAGAAGCUGAGAAAUGGAAUCAAGUAACUAACUCUUCCCAUAUUAAAAAUUAUGGCAUCAGGGUCGUGAUUUUUGCUGCUUUUAGUGUCGAAUUGGUGAGAAAAUAAAAAGAAAGGAAGAUCACUUUUCGGUUUCCAUUGACUUCUGAAUAGUGUUUGUGAUUGGUUCCUCUCAAUGCAAGGGUGGAACCAGUUGAAUGAUUUGCUUUUUGUGUAAUUGUAAAUGUUCAAACUAUUGUAAUGUUGCACUAUAUAAUAUAUAUACUUUUUACCGUACAAAAUCUUCGGCAGUUGCACAAAUCCUUUUCCUCUUUCUGGUUAUAUUUUAUAAAAGAAUUGGACAAUCUUAAAGAUGACGAUGAAGAAACAAAUAAGAUUGACCUUGGUGGUUAAGGUUUAGAGUUUAC